GCACAAGUAGUGGAAAACUUUGAUGUUUACGCUAAAUUCACUGUUACGUGCCACGAGACGCCUUGGGAAUGUCUUCAUGGACAUAUCCAUAGGCAGAAAAGAUCCUAGGAGGGUAACCUUUGAACUAUUUUACAAAAAAUGUCCUGUGGCUUCGGAAAAUUUUUUGAAACUCUGUACGGGCGAGAAUGUUCUUCCUCAAGUAUCGAGUGUAGAAGGCCUUGGUAACCCUUCGUUUGGUGACCAGUUCCUCCCCCAACUGACAUACCGCGGUACUACUUUUCAUCGGGUAUGUCAGGGAUAUCUGGUGCAGGGGGGUGAUAUAGUCAGCGAUAGAGGCACGGAGCAGCUUUCCAUUUACGGUGAAACCUUCGAUGCUCCAAAAGAGGUUCAGGAAUCGGUGUUUGACCGUAAGGGGUUGUUAGGUACUGCUGUGAGUGCCCCCCAUCUCAACGGGUCGCAGUUUUUCAUCUUGACUGCAAACGGUGCUCCCCAUCUCAACGGUACCUGUAUCUGUUUUGGGCGAGUGGUCGAUGGGUGGGAUGUUAUCGAGACGAUGGAACGCAUCUCUGUUCGGCCAGAUGGUUUUCCGAGCGAGCGCAUUGAAGUAGUGCAUUGCGGUGCCACAUGAAGGGAGACUACCCUAAUCUGAAGGUUCAUGACCAGGUGUCAAACAAAAUAAA